AUGAUUGUAGUUAUGACAGGCUGGGAUUGCACUGAUGAAGGAGGCGAUGGUGGCGGCUGGCAGACCGUCGGGAAUGCUGUCGAUGAUGAUGAUGAUGAUGAGGGCGAUGGUGGUGAUUAUAGUUGCCGUGGGGAUUUAGAUUGGGGUGAUGGUAGAGGUGUUGCUGUUGUUGUUGUUGUUGGAGGAGGAGGAGGAGGUUUCUGA